ACAUGGCAGAUAACGGCGAGGAAGCGGCAUUGCCAGUUGUUAAGUUUGCAUUUGUACAAAUUGUUGCAAAUCUCCUAGGUGCAGAGGGGCCUGUUUUCGACACAAAUGGGACAUUUUACAUGGUGGCCCCAGAAGUUGAAAAAAAUUCUCUUCCGGCUGGACAAGUAGUUCGUGUUGACUUGGACAUGAAAGAGGCAAAGGUUGUGUGUGAACCAGAAGUUGAUGCGUAUGGAGGGAUUCCGGCCGGAUGUCAGAGUGACAAGGAUAACAACAUUUACAUAGCUGACAUGAGACUAGGACUCCUCAAGAUGGCACCAAAUGGUUCCUUUGAGCAGCUGGCCACCAAAGAUUCCCAGGGCAACAGAGUUCAGGGCUGUAAUGAUCUGACCUUCGACUAUAAUGGAGACUUGUGGAUCACAGCACCUGCUGGUAACAUUGCUCCUGACAAGUAUACCAGAUCCAUGGAGGAACCAUUUGGGUCUGUGUACUGUUACACGAGGGACAAACAGUUGGUGAAAGUUGCCACUGAUUAUCGCUUUCCUAAUGGUAUCGCUGUCCUGCACACCGACGAUGGUCGUCCACACAAACUCAUCGUGGCUGAAACACCCACGAAGACGUUAUGGAGUUAUGACAUUCUGGGCCCAGGGAAAAUUGCCAAUAAAACAAAGUGGGGAACUUUACCAGGUACACAUGUGGGGGGUCCUGAUGGGAUGGACUUUGACCAAGACAACAACCUGCUAGUGGCUAACUGGGGAAGUUCUCACAUUGAGGUUUUCAGUCCAGACGGAGGCAAACCCAUCAAGCGAAUCGAGUGUCCAUUCUCCAAACCCAGCAAUCUUCACUUUCAGCCCGGGACGAACACAGUAUUUGUCACUGAACACGAAAACCAUGCCCUCUGGAAGUUCGAGUGGGAACGUCCUGGAAAACUGCAGUUCUGUGAUACUGUUAAUCUCUAACCAAACGUCUGUAGUAUUGAUACCGUGACUUUAUUUGACCAAAAAUUUCAUCCACGAAUAAGUUAAUCAUUUUGUCAGAUUCUAAAAGUGCUGCUGAUUUUUAGACAGGUGUUUUGAGGUUUAUUGUAAAAGUAAGGUAAUAUCUUACUGGAAAAAUGUAAAUUCCAAUAUCAAUGAAAGUUAUUUUUUAUCAUCUUCUAUAUUAGACUUGAAAAAGGCAUUUUUGGGUGAAUUUUAAAAUCAAAUACAAGUAUUUUUGUAUUGGUGUUGAAAAGCAUCCUUUGUGGAGUUCAGGAUAAAGCAUUUGGUGUUAAAAUAUAUUUUUUUAAUUUAGUCCCA